CUCUUCUAAAAAUAACCAUUAUGUCGACAAACUUGGAGAAGACGCUGGGGGCUCCCCAAACCGUGCAGAUUGCAAGGAGCCCCCAAAACCAACACGACCUGCCUCCAAUCGCCAACAUCAAGGCUGCUAAAGACUGUUUUGUUGUCAAUUGUUAUGGAAGAAAAAUUCCAUUCCCAGCUCUGUAUGAGAAGACAAAAACGAUUCUGGUUUUCCUCAGGCAUUUUCUGUGCUAUACCUGCAGAGAGUAUGUGGAAGAUUUAGCUAAAAUUCCGGAAAAAUCUCUGAAGGAUGCUGAUGUCAGACUAAUAGUUAUUGGACAAUCCAGCCAUGACCACAUACAGGACUUUUGCACACAAACUGGAUACACUCAUGAAAUUUAUGUUGAUCCAACCAGAAGCAUUUACAAAAGUUUACAAAUGAAACAAGGAGAAAUUUUCCAUCAAGCAGUAAGGAGUGCCCAUGUUAAAUCAAGUACAUUGAAUGGAAUCUUUAAGAGUGUGUGGAGUGCAAUGAAGAGCCCAGCAUUUGACUUUCAGGGUGAUCCAGCACAGCAAGGUGGAGCAUUCAUCAUCGGACCGGGAGAUAAACUUCAUUUUGGACAUCUUGAUUUAAAUAGAUUGGACCAUGCUCCUAUCAACUUAUUACUGCAGCUGGCUGGAGUUAAAACAGUGGACUUCACCCAUAAGGCAAAGAUCAUUGACAUUUGAAAUGGUAUUGACAGAAAUUGAAAACUAAACUCAAUUCUAUUUAACACACACGUUUACAGCUUUUAAACAACUCCCCUGACUCUCAGUCUGAAAAAGGUUUCGACUCGAAACAUCACCUAUUCCUUUUCUCCAGAGAUGAGCUAUAUUUCUGAACGAUGAAGAGUUUUUUAUUUAAAUGUCAUAGUUUAUCAAAAUAUUAUACAGAUGCUGCCAGAACCAUUGAGUUAUACCAGCAUUUAGGUGUAAACCAGCAUCUGCAGUUCCUUACUACACUCCUGUAUUUGUAACAAGAUUUAUCAUGCUCUAGGUGGUUUAGGUUUUAUAAGCAAUGAAAUACUUAAAUUACUAACAUUAUGUUUCUGGUACAAAGAAAAAAAUGCAAAUUGAGGCUUGAUAGCAUAGAGUCACUACAUAUAUAUAUGUAAUGAAUGGAUUGGUGCUGAUCAUCAAGUACCCAUUACACCAAACCUACCUUAUACACCCAGUGUUCCUAUUAUUCUGGUACCAUUUGAUCAGUCAAUCGAUCUCCCUCCCAUACUCCAUCUCACCUUGAUCUGUAAUCCGCGCAACAACAGUGGUGUCAUCGUCAAACUUGAAGAUGGAAUUCGAAUAGUCACGAGUAUAGAGUGAGUAGAGCAGUGGGCUGAGCAAAGGUGCUCCCGUGCUAAUGAUUAUUGAGGAUGAAGUGUUGUUGCCAAUUCGUACAGGUUGUGGUCUGUUGAUGAGGAAGUCGAGGAUCCAGUUGCAGAGGGAACUUGUCCCUCAACUGAAAAGCCUGUCUCGCCAGCUAAUUACCAUGGCUGAAAUCAUAGUGUGCACUCCCCAGGAUUUGUAAAACUCCUCUUCAAUUUAAUCAAUUUGGUUUAUUCCACAAGUUUUCCAACAAUGUGCGCAAUAAGAAAAUAACUUAAUGUCAUGUGGGGUUUUCCAAUAUAGAAUAAAGAAGUUGCUGUUCAGUACAAAACAGAGUGCAGAUCAGAACUGCAGCAGCAGAAAACUAUUUGGAAAUUAAGUAAUACAGAGGAAAUAUUGGUUCAAUAUAUGGCCAGUGAAA